AGAGCUCUCUUAAUUGAUCAAAGCCAACCAAGCACUACAAUAUGCUAGGAGUGUACAGGAAAAAAUCAGCAGACGACGUAUUCGAUACGUCAGAGGAAGCCCUUCCGUUGAGUCUGCAACGCAUUGCCGUGGAAGAACUCGGAGAGACGCCUUCGAAGAGGAAAGAGGCGCUGGAGAAACUCACGAAGCUCGUGUCAGGUAAGGUUCUUUAUUUGUUUUAUUCGGGCCUUGACUGGGUGGCCUACACGUGUCACUGGAAUCCUGAAGAGAUCACAUACACCACUCUGCAGCAAGCGUUCAUCAUGUGCCUGGAGCAAGUGAUUUCCGACCCCGUGGCGCAGACAGCUGGUAUCGUCAUCAUGGCGGACUACCUCGGUUUGACGAUCGACAAAGUUUUUUCCAUGAGUCUCGGCCUCAUCAGAAGGCUACUCGAGUACUUCCAGGACUGCAUGCCAGCUCGGCUGAAAGCGGUGCAUAUCUUAAACCAACCAUAUGCUUUUGACGUGCUCUUCGGUGUGGUAAAAGUCUUCAUCAAAUCAAAGAUGGCCGAAAGGAUGCAGAUGCAUGGUGAAAACUACGAGAGGUUUCACGAGGAAGUCUGCCCCAGUACGUUACCGAAAGAGUAUGGUGGACAUGGACCGCAGUUCGAUUUCGAUGCCUUUUGGAGACUCGUGGACGCACAGGAAGACACAUUUGCAUCGGGGAACCGCUUCGGCUACGUCAUGCUGGACGACCCGGAAAUAUAUGAGGAUGACCAGAUGCCUCUGCAGCUCACAACCUUGUGA